AUGGAAGCUGAUUGGGAUGAGCUGUCGCGUAUGCAGAUGCCACCGCCCAGUCCGCAUGGCAUGCCCACGAAUGCGACGGCGGUGGCAUUUGAUGAUGUUAUGGAACUUUUAUGGGCGGGAAAUGAAUAUGGCCGCAUCACUUCUUUCUAUGGACCCGAACUCCAACGAUAUACCUCUGUACGGGCGCACCCGGUCGCUGAAGGGAUGGUCCGACAAAUUGCUUUUCAUGAGCGCGGUGUGAUCUCAUUGUCGUCGAAAAGUGUGCAUAUGAUUACCCGACGCGGUUUGACGCAGUGGCAUAUUGCCGAUGAUGAAAUGCUUGACCUUCGAUGCAUGAGCUUCACUGCACAGACAAAUCGAAUUUUGGUGGCUGGCUGCCAGCGUGUGAUGUUUACGAUCGACAUAGACAAGGGUACGAUUGUCGACAAGUUGCCCACCGAGCACAACUAUACACUCAUGAAGAAGAGUCGAUAUCUCUGUGCGGCUACAGAUAACGGCUCCAUUAAUGCCCUCAGUUUGUUGGAUUUCAGCGUUGUCAAGUCUUGGAAGGCCCACGGCACUGCUGUGAAUGACAUGGACGCGCGAAAUGACUUAUUGGUUACUUGUGGUUUCUCGGUUCGACAACUUGGUUCAUCAAUAGUGGACCCUUUGGCAAAUGUGUAUGAUUUGAAGACACUGACUCCAUUGCCUCCAAUUCCGUUCCAUGCUGGUGCGGCAUAUGUACGGAUGCAUCCGAAGCUACAUACGACGAGUUUUGUGGCGUCGCAGACUGGGCAACUCCAAGUUGUAGACCUGAUGAACCCAAAUGCUGUCAAUCUACGACAAGCCAACGUGACAUUGAUGUUGGGACUUGAGAUUUCACCCUCGGGUGAAGCUUUGGCUAUAAACGACGCAGAAUGUGCUAUUCAUCUUUGGGGCUCACCGACCAAAAUCCACUUCAAUGAGAUGAGCAAAGAAACAGAGCUUGCAGACGUGCCAGCCCGCUCACCAGCGGUUGACUGGUCCCCUGAAACCCCACUGAACAUGAUCGGAAUGCCAUAUUAUCACGAUCGACUUUUCUCGGCAUGGCCCAGUCACCUCAUAUUUGAGAUUGGUAGCCCACCCGUACAACUUGAUCAAUCCUUACUUCCAUACUUGCGUCCGGCGGAGGUGGGCCAUGGCGCUCCAAAUCCACGAAAGACACGCAGAUACCAGGUCGAGAAUACCCGCGCUUUGGCGACAGCGGAGCCAGCCCUCAUCGCGCCUAAGUUCCUGAGCGAAAAGGCUCGGGAUCAUGGCAAAUCAAAGUCCGAUGGUUCAAUCGCUGAUGCGGCUGAGGCAUUGGCGGGGGCCAAGAUCAAUGGAGAAAGUGACGACGAUCCGCUGCUUAAAUACAGCAAUGUUGAGAUCAAAUAUAGUCGCUUCGGCGUUGACGAUUUUGACUUUCGAUUCUAUAACAAGACCAAAUUCUCUGGCCUGGAAACCCACAUUGCCAAUUCCUUCACAAAUUCUCUCCUUCAACUGUUCAAGUUCAUCCCUUUGUUCCGAAACCUUGCCCUUCACCAUGCUGCAGGCUCUUGUAUCUCUGAAUAUUGCUUGUUGUGCGAGCUGGGCUAUCUGUUUGACAUGCUGGAAAAAGCAAAUGGUCAGAAUUGCCAAGCAACGAAUUUACUAAAACUAUUCAGUAGCUUCAGAGAGGCUUCUAACAUGGGAUUAUUGGAAGAAAACCUCACAAACAAGUCCCUUUCUACCGCCAUCCAAGCCGUGAACCGCUUCUUCUUGACUCAAGUAUCGUGUGACUUCCGCACUAUCCAGCCCAAUUCCGAAGAGCUGGAUCAGCGGCUCUCAACAUUUGCUUCCGAGUCGAUCCGGUGCAUGUUUUGUCAGAAUGAGACUGUUCGCCCUGGGAAUUCUCUCGCCAACGAGCUUCUCUAUCCAAAUAUGGACAUGAAACAAGCGCGUCGCAACCCGGCCUUCCGGUUCUCCAAUAUCCUACGCGCUAGCAUUGAACGCGAAACACAGAAUCGUGGGUGGUGCAACUACUGCCGACGCUAUCAGCAGGUGAUGAUUCGAAAGACUGUACACCGGAUGCCUCUGGUCUUGGUUCUCAAUGCAGCAGUUUCAACCAAUCCCAUCUGCCGCAGGCUAUGGGCUAUGCCUGGAUGGUUGCCGGACGCUGUGGGAGUAAUUAUUGAGAAUGGUCAAGUGAUGUGUUUCGAAGGCGAAGAUCUUACCCUCAGAAUUCAGAAUAAAACUUCCGGCUUGGCAGUGUAUGAUUUGGUUGGCCUUGUGGCAGAAAUUGAUAUUGCAGAACAUCAAAAGCCGCACUUGGUGUCCUUCGUUAACGUUGCUGUUUCAGAGCAAGAACCCCAAGAGCCAAGUAAAUGGCAUUUGUUCAAUGACUUUUUAGUUGCCGAAGUGGAGCGCGAUGAAGCAUUGGGCUUUACGCAGAAUUGGAAACAGCCUUGUGUGCUAGCUUUCCAAGCACGAGAUCCCCGCCAUGCUGUUGAUGACUCAUGGAAGAAUGCCCUCGAUACCACACUACUCUUCCGAGGAACAUCAUCGAAUGAUGGUCAGCAAGUUGAAUCUUGUCAAGCCCUUGAUAAAGAGGAGAAACCUAAGCCUGGUACGCCUGUUGCGCUCGACACCGAGUUUGUCGAUCUCGAGAAGGCCGAGAUAGACGUCAAGGCAGAUGGCUCACAGGAGAUUGUUCGGCCCAACAAAAGCGGCCUUGCUCGAGUCUCUGUUUUACGUGCUUCGGGGAUCCAAGAAGGCGUGCCCUUCAUCGAUGACUACAUCACCAUUCGCGAGCCGAUUGUCGAUUAUGUCACACAGUAUUCUGGCAUCAAACCCGGUGAUCUGGAUCCACGAACAAGUGAACAUAAUCUCGUGCCCCUCAAGACCGCUUACAAGAAGCUAUGGCUUCUUCUCAAUCUGGGAUGCAUUUUCGUGGGCCAUGGUCUGGCUUCCGACUUCCGCAAAAUAAACAUCCAAGUGCCCAAGUCGCAGACCGUUGAUACCCAGUAUCUCUUCUUCCACCCCGGCAAGAACCGGCGACUGAGUCUCCGUUACCUCGCCUGGGCCGUGUUCAAGGAGUAUAUCCAAGAAGAGCCUAAUCCAGAAACCAUCCAGGGUCACGACUCCAUCGAAGAUGCGCGCAUGGCCAUGCGUCUAUGGAAGAAGUUCCAGGAGUACGAGGACGCAGGCGUGGCCAACCAGAUGCUGGAAGAGAUCUUCCGUGAAGGAUCCAAACUUGGCUUCCGGCCUCCUCCCAAGAAUGCGACUGUGACCGUUCUUUCUCGCCCCGGCACCGCCGUGACCAUGCAGAACAGCGGCACCAACACCCCCUCUACCCCCGAUGCUACUGCUGCGGCUGUAUCUGCUGCAGCUACUGCCGCCGCUAACAGUGCCGCCGUUAAUGCGGCACCGAUAAGCGCUCCCAGCACUCCUCGUCAGGCUUUCCGGCGAUCCAUCGCCCUCACCCCGAGUAAUGGUAGCUUUUCUGGACCUGGAGCUGGUGAUUUCUUUGGUGGAAGCCCAUUACGAUAG